AAAACACAGAGACGAGAAUACAAAUUGAUUCGAUUUGUCGAAAGAAAAAAAAAAGCGACAAAAGUUUUUGCAAUAUUAAUCGUAUUCGUUGUUUUCCUCAUUAAAAUCCAAUUGUUUUGUUUCUUUGCACCAAAUCGAAGAUUGGAUGAAGCAAGAGCGUUGUGUAAAACAUGGCGAUUUCUGAAGAAAUCCAGAGAGCGAAAACUCAAGACCCGUGCGCUUCCAACGUCACGCCGCCUGGAGAUCACCGGUUCGAGAAGCUUCGCGGUGUCCGAUGGCGAAUAAACCUUGGAAUUUUGCCAUCUUCUCCUUCCUCCACCAUCGAUGAGCUUCGCAGAGUAACCGCUGAUUCCAGAAGAAGAUAUGCUGCAUUGAGAAGACGACUCUUAAUUGAUCCACAUUUCCCCAAGAAAGGAAUCAAUUCUCCAGAUCUAACGAUUGAUAAUCCUUUAUCACAAAAUCCUGAUAGUACUUGGGGAAGAUUCUUCCGUAACGCAGAGCUGGAGAAAACACUCGAUCAAGAUCUUUCACGGUUGUAUCCAGAACAUGGAAGUUACUUUCAAUCCUCUGGAUGUCAAGGGAUGCUAAGACGGAUACUUCUCUUGUGGUGUUUGAAGCAUCCAGAGAUUGGUUAUAGACAAGGGAUGCAUGAAUUAUUGGCUCCUUUACUUUAUGUUCUUCAAGUGGAUGUACAAUACCUCACGGAAGUGAGAUCAAACUAUGAAGAUCAGUUCAUUGAUUUGUUUGACGAGCUAGCCUUUCAAGAACGUGAUUCUGCUGCUUACGAUUUCGAUAUAAAAAAGGUUCUUGAUGAUUCCAUGGAAGAAGAAGAAGAAGAAGGAGACGAGAACGCUCCACACUAUGGAAGCACCAAGAAGAAAAAACCAAAGAGUUUCGAUGAACUCGACGCCGAGACACAGACCGCUGUGCUGUUGAGCGAUGCGUAUGGAGCAGAAGGCGAACUAGGAAUCGUCCUCUCUGAGAAAUUCAUGGAACACGACGCGUACUCCAUGUUUGACGCUCUCAUGUACGGUGGAUCCUCCAUUGGCUCGGUUUCCGUGGCUAAUUUUUUCGUGUACUCUGCUCCAAAUGAUUCAGUCACGGGACUACCUCCUGUGAUAGAAGCUUCUGCAGCAUUGUAUCAUUUACUGUCUCUUGUCGACGCUUCUCUUCACAGCCAUCUAGUCGAGCUCGGGGUUGAGCCGCAGUACUUUGCGCUCCGUUGGCUACGUGUUUUGUUCGGUAGAGAGUUUCCACUGAACAAUCUGUUGAUCGUGUGGGAUGAGAUAUUCUCUGCUGACAAUUCCGAGGUAGAGAGAGGCGUUGAGGCUGGUUUAGGGUUUGAGUUCAGGAUCCUUAGCUCUCCUCGGGGAGCUCUGGUCACAGGAAUGGCGGUUUCGAUGAUACUCUACCUGAGAUCAUCGCUGUUAGCAACUGAAAACGCAACUUCCUCUCUCAAGAGGUUACUGAACUUUCCCGAGGAGAUCGAUCUGAGUAAAGUUAUCGAAAAGGCCAAGUCUUUGCAGAGUCUUGCUCUGGAAAUCAAUGCUCGUCGUGAUUUGAUACCUAAAGGUCCGAGAAAAUCGACGAGAGGUCACAGCUUAUCGGUUGAUUCGAUUUCACUUGGUUCUUGUUCACCUGUGGGAAUAGUACCUGAGAGCUACUGGGAAGAGAAGUGGAGAGUUUUGAACAGCGCGGAAGAAGAAGAAAGGAAGAAGAAAGCGUCGCAGAGACCAAAAGCAGGGAGAAAGAGUUGGUCGGAGAGAGUGAAGCUAAGGCUUUCGAGGACCGAAUCUGAACCAUCACCUGCUGAAGCAAAUAAAACCGGGAACAAGCCGCCUAUUAGACGUAGUUUACUCGAUGAUUUAUCACGGGAAAAGGAGAUUGAGCCUCCCGAGUUCACAAACACGGAUACUGAUAUCGAACGCUCGUCUACAGUAUCUGAUUCACCGAGCGCUGAUUAUGAGGAUAACAGUUCCGAUAUAGGCAGAAGCGAGAAGAACUACGCGGAUUUGCCUCUUCCGGUUCGUGAGAGCGAGUCAGUGGCGAAAUCAGGGACUAGUAACUCCACGGAGAGGAAGACAUUUUCGGGUAAGUUUCAGAGGCUAUGGUGGUUAGGGAGAAGCUCGUCAGGGGAGGAGACCUCUGAGACUAAAGAAGCUAAACCGCUAGAUCCUGAAGCCAAACCGGUAGAUCCUGAAGCCAAACCGAGAGAUCCUGAAACUAAACCAAUAGAUCCUGAAGACGAAAAGACCAAUUCGGAUUCAACAGCAGAUAAUGGAGAUGCAUUAAAGAAUACAGGACAGUCCAUACUUGAACAUGUUAAGGUGAUAGAGUCGGUGUUGGAGUUAGGUUCACCGGAGAUUGUGACUGAGAACGGAAGACUAACAAUUGAAGAAGCUCUUAAAGAACUUCGUAGACUUGGACAUAAGUUGUUGUCGGAAAUGUAAAGUUUAUUUGUAAACUACAUAAUUUCAUUUGUAUCAUUUUGUAAUCUGAAAAUUCAUUUGUCUCUGUAUGUGUGUGUGAGAGAGAGCGUGUAAUUGUGUUGUAUAUAUGAGAAAUUUUGAAGAGGGU